AUAACACUGAGUGGAGAGGAAUAAAAGGAAUAAGCCCACAAGCCUUCAGUCAUCUCGCAGAAAAGAGAAGACACAGGAAUAACCAUGCCUGAGCCAGUCCCUGAAGCAAAACCAGAGGGGCAGGAUAAACCCCCAGCAGAUGGAGAUGCGCCCCCAGCAGAUGGAGAUUCAGACGAUGGUGGGGAUGAGCCACAGUCAACUCAGCUCACUGGACUCUUCGUAGAGAAACCACAGAGCAAUGUAGUUGCUGUUGCAGGAUCGGACGUCACAAUUAUUGCCAAGGUGGACUCGAGCACCCUGACAAGAAAACCCACUAUGAAGUGGCUGAAGGGCAAGUGGCUGGACCUUGGUAGCAAAGCUGGGAAACAUUUUCAAUUCAAGGAAACGUACGACAGAAAUACUAAGAUCUACACUUAUGAAAUGAAGAUCGUCAAAGCAGUCCCAGGGGAUGCUGGGGGCUAUAGAUGUGAGGUGACAGCUAAAGACAAAUGUGACAGCUCCACCUUUGAGGUGUCUGUGGAGGCUGCACACCAGGAGGAGCAAGCAGAUAUUUUGUCUGCUUUCAAGAGAGCGGAUGCUGGAGAAGACGAUGGAGAACUCGACUUCAGUGCCCUACUGAAAGCCACUAAGAAAAAGAAGAAACCUGAAAAAGAGGAACCGGAGACAGAUGUGUGGGAAUUGCUUAAAAGUGCCCACCCAAGCGAGUAUGAGAAAAUUGCCUUUAAGUAUGGCAUCACUGACCUGAGGGGUAUGCUGAAACGUCUGAAAAAGAUGAAAGAACAGCCAGUAAAGCAUAGUGAGGCUUUUCUGAAGAGGCUUGAAUCUUGCUACACAGUGGAUAAAGGGAAGAAAAUCGUCCUGUCUUGUGAAGUUCUUGAUCCAAACGCCCAGGUCAAAUGGUUGAAGAAUGGCCAGGAGAUUAAACCCUCAGCCAAGUACGUCAUGGAGGCAAAUGGGAACGUCCGAACUCUCACCAUCAACAAAGCCAACCUGUCUGAUGAUGCAGCUUACGAGUGUGUAGUUGGGGAGGACAAGUGUUCCACAGAAGUUUAUGUCAAAGAGCCUCCAAUAACCAUCACUAAGCUGAUGGAUGAUUACCAUGUGGUUGUGGGCGAAAGAGUGGAGUUUGAGAUUGAAGUGUCUGAGGAAGGUGCACAUGUCGUGUGGUGCUUUGAGGAUCAAGAGCUUCACAAAGACAAAGAAUCCUCGAAGUACCGUUUCAAAAAGGAUGGAAAGAAGCACACAUUUAUUAUUCUAGAGGCUACCCUGGAUGACAUUGGCAUGUACCAUGCUUGGACAAACGGAGGUCACACCAAAGGAGAGCUGGAGGUGGAAGAAAAGGAGCUGGAAGUGUUGCAGGACAUUGCCGAUUUGACAGUCAGGGCAACAGAACAGGCGAUGUUCAAGUGUGAAGUGUCGGAUGACACGGUCACCGGAAAGUGGUACAAAGACGGAGUGGAGGUCUUACCAAGCGAACGUAUUAAAAUGACUCAUGUCGGAAGGUUUCACCGGCUGUUAAUUGAUGAUGUGAAGCCAGAGGAUGCUGGAGACUACACAUUUGUUCCUGAUGGAUAUGCUCUGUCACUUUCUGCUAAACUGAACUUCUUGGAAAUUAAGAUCGAUUAUGUCCCCAGACAAGAUCCCCCAAAGAUCCACCUGGACACCACUGGAAACAUGGUUUCCCAGAAUACUAUUAUUGUAGUAGCAGGAAACAAACUUCGUCUGGAUGUUGAAAUCACAGGAGAACCAGCCCCCACUGUGGUUUGGUCCAAAGGAGAAAAACCAAUCACAGAGACAGAAGGCCGCGUGAGAGUAGAGUCCAGGAAGGACCUUAGCUGCUUUGUUAUUGAGGGGGCAGAAAGAGAUGAUGAAGGCAACUAUAGUAUCUGUGUCACCAACCCAGCCGGAGAGGACAAGGCUAUGCUGCUUGUGAAAAUUGUGGAUGUGCCUGACCCCCCUGAGAAUGUUAAAUGCACUGGAGUGGGAGAAGACUGUGCCACUAUUGUUUGGGAGCCUCCCAAAUUUGACGGGGGAGUGCCAAUCAAAGGUUACCUAAUGGAAAGGAAGAAGAAAGGUUCCUCCAGAUGGACAAGGUUGAACUUUGAUGUUUAUGAAUCAACCACAUACGAGGCCAAGAGGAUGAUUGAAGGAGUUUUGUACGAGAUGAGAGUGUUUGCUGUUAACAGUAUUGGCAUGUCUCAGCCAAGUCUGAACUCCAAGCCCUUCAUGCCCAUUGCACCAACUAGUGAGCCAACUCGCCUGACCGUCCACGAUGUGACAGACAGCACAUGCAGCUUGAAGUGGCUCGCCCCAGAGAAAAUUGGAGCUGGAGGUCUGGACGGCUACAUCAUUGAGUACUGCAAGGAGGGAGGCACGGAAUGGGUUCAAGCUAACACGGAUCUUUGUGAACGACAGGGAUUUGUGGUGCGUGACCUCCCUGUGGGGGAGAAAAUUAACUUCAGGGUGGUAGCGGUGAACAUUGCUGGUCGCAGUCCACCGGCGACCCUGGGACAGCCCGUCACCAUCCGAGAAAUUGUUGAACAUCCAAAGAUCCGCCUUCCUCGUGAGCUGAGAACAAAAUACAUCAGGACAGUGGGAGAAAAGAUCAACCUGACCAUCCCAUUCCAGGGUAAGCCACGACCUGUUGCUACCUGGUACAAGGAUGGUAAACCCAUUGACCCAAAGAUGGUCAAUGUCCACAACUCCCACGUGGAAAGCAUCCUCUUCAUUCGCUCAGCAGAGAGAGAUCACUCUGGAACGUAUGAGCUGGUUCUACAGAUUGAGAACAUGGAAGAUAGAGCAACCAUUAACAUAAGAAUUAUUGAGAAGCCUGGGCCACCUCAAAAAGUGAGAGUCACUGACGUCUGGGGCUUUAAUGCAGCUCUGGAAUGGGAACCACCCAAAGAUGACGGCAACUGUGAGAUUACCGGAUACACCAUCCAGAAAGCAGACAUGAAGACCAAGGAAUGGUUCACCGUUUAUGACCAUAACAGACGGACAAACUGCACAGUUUCAGACCUGGUAAUGGGCAAUGAAUAUUCAUUCCGCGUCUACAGUGAAAACCUUUGUGGUUUAAGUGAGGAGCCUGGUCUCAGCAAGAACACAGCUGUUAUUUCUAAAACAGCCCUCGAGCACAAACGGAACCCUUACAAGGAGAAAGACAUGACCUGUGCGCCCAAGUUUACUCAGCCGCUGGUGGACAGAACUGUUGUAGCUGGUUACAGUAUGGCCAUCAGCUGUGCUGUGAAAGGCUUCCCCAAGCCAAAGAUUGUGUGGAUGAAGAACAAAAUGAUCAUCGGUGAGGACCCCAAGUAUUUGAUGCAGAACAACCAAGGAGUGCUGACCCUCAACAUUCGGAAGCCAAGCACCUUUGACGGAGGCAAAUACUCCUGCAUGGCUGUCAACGAGUUGGGCAAGGAUGAAGUGGAGUGCAAGCUGGCUGUCCGAGUUCCCACAGAACCAGACAAGCAAUGAGAAACUGAAAAUAAACAAUGUAAAAGUGAUUAUAACCAAAUAUUGACGUAAGAGUUAAUGUCACCAUAAAGUCAUAAUGAGUGAAUCAAAUAAAAUUUAUUGACAGAUGCUAAACUUGCAUU